AAGUCAGUUCCCAACUGCGAGUCAGAGAGUAUGCGCACCUACAUCCUUGUCACAUUGUUCGCCGUAGUGGCCGUGGCAGCUGCACAGGGCCCAGGCGGUGGACGCGGCGGUCCAGGUGGUCCUGGUGGUCGCGGCGGUCCCGGUGGCGCUCGUGGCCCGGGUGGUCCCGGUGGUCGCGGUCCAGGUGGUCCUGGAGGUCCUCCUGGUCGCGGUCCAGGCGGUCCAGGCGGUCCAGGCGGACCUGGAGGUCCUCCUGGUCGCGGUCCAGGCGGUCCAGGCGGUCCAGGCGGACCUGGAGGUCCUCCUGGUCGCGGUCCAGGCGGUCCAGGCGGACAUGGUGGACACGGCGGGCAUGGCGGACACAAGCGUACCACCACCACCGAGAGCAGCACAUCCACUGGCACUGAUAGCACCACUGUGGCUAGCACCACUCUGGCCAGCACCACGGAGGCGAGCACUACAGUCGCCAGCACAACCGAGGCAAGCACCACAGUCGCCAGCACCACUGUGGCCAGCACCACCGAGGCAAGCACCACAGUCGCCAGCACCACCCUGGCCAGCACCACGGAGGCGAGCACCACGGAGGCCAGCACCACAAUCGCCAGUACCGCAGCUGACAGCACCACCGAAAGCAGCACCGCGAGCCCAACCACCGGUUAAGCUGCUUCUUUCUCAUCUUUGGCACUUUUGAAAAUGUAUUUGAAUAAACGCAUAAAAAUUCUUAUGUAAAAA